CACAACACCAGCCCAAUUGCUAUCGGUGCAACCAUGGCCCAUGAGAUGGGCCAUAACUUUGGAAUGAAUCAUGACACAAGUUUUUGUAAGUGCAGCUCAGAGUCGUGCAUCAUGGCUGGUCAACUCAGCUAUAAAACCCCCCGGGAUUUCAGUUCCUGUAGUCUCCAAGAUUUCCAGAAGUACAUGAUGGACCGAUCCCCAGAUUGCAUCAUUAAUAUGCCAUCGCCGAAGGAGAUCAUCGCAACCCCAGUUUGUGGGAAUAACUUCGUGGAGGAGGGAGAGGAAUGUGACUGCGGCUCUCCAAAGCAAGAGAACUACCUUUCCCGCAUUAUUGAACUCAAUGUAUCUUGA